UCUGUCUGAAUGCAGAGAAUUUGAGAUAUCAAAGAUAAUAUUUUAAACUUUAGAUAAAUUUGAAUCGGUAGACUUUUAUGUGCUGCAUGUGAAUGGGAUAUACCAUCGUUUUUAAUGCAAAAUUUUGAAUUUCAUUUAAGUGUGGCUUGCUUUAAUUCACAUCAAUAUAAACUACAAUUCUAAUUACCAAAGUACUGCCCCAGUGCAGAGAGUCGAGUAUCUGCGAUCUCCUCAGAAUAGGAAGACAAGUUAUUUAAGCACGAUUGCAGGUACAAAUAGGUAACAAUGGGUUGUAGCUCCUCCUCUCCUGACACCAAUAACAAUCAACCAGUUGCAAAGAAAUCUCCAAAAGCCAAAUCUUCGGGAAGUAAUGUAGGGGCUGAAAACGAGACUAACCGGAAACGAGAAAACAACCAUCCGGAACUGAAACAGGAACCGGAAAUAGAAGAUGUGGAUGUUCCGAAAACUGAGCAUGGCUAUCCUGUUGCCAAGGAACCGCCUGACAGGAAAGCUGACAUAUUUAAUCCACAGAAGUUAAAGGGAGUUGAAGCGAGGGCGAGAGCGGCGCCCGACAACUUGGCAGACAGCUAUGAAGAACUCAUUGCGUACCUAACAUCAGAAUGUAAAAAUGACGUAGAGAAAGUACGCGCACUGUUUAUUUGGAUGGCCAAUCAGGAAAUAGAUGAUGGUAACUAUAGCAACGUGACCGGAAGUGACACACCACGUGGAAUUAUGAAGCUGAUGAAAGACAACAGAGCUUCCUAUUCUUCAUUCUUUGCUCUUUUAUGCAGGAAGGCGGGUAUACAAUGCGUUAUCAUCGACGGGUAUGCAAAGAGUGCCGGAUAUAAGGUUGGCGAUUCUGACGAUGAUGUGAAAAAACUAAACAAUAGUUGGAAUGCCGUAUAUGUAGCCGGGGGAUGGCGUAUCGUUUUCCCUUUGUGGGCAUGUUCUGCAGUGGUUGGACAUUCAACUGGAGUGUACACAAAAGUUGAAGUCAAAGGAAAGGCUGUAAGGGAAAAGGAAGUUGAGUCAUCUGGAAAAACCAUAAAACACUUCAACGACUAUUACUUCUUUACCGACCCUGAAAUGUUCAUUUUUGAUGCGUUUGCAAAAGAUAAACGUUGGCAACUUUUAAACCGGCCCUGGGACUUUGCCAAAUAUUGUGAUAUUCCUUACGUCCGCCGUUAUUACUUCGAUGAAAAAGUAGACAUACGCAGUAAGUUCAGUGGCCGCUUAGUUGCAAAAGAUGGAGAGUGCCAUAUUGAAAUAUCUUGUGGAGACCCAAGAGGCAUUACCCUUGACUAUGAACUGUACUAUAAUCAUGUUGAAUCAGGAAGAGAGAUUUCGUCUUCAUUGCAACUAAACAAUUUUGUGUUCUUGAACAGAACUGGUUCAAGAUGGGACUUUGGCAUUCGCUUUCCCGAAACUGGAGUAUAUAAGCUACAGAUAGUAGGAGGGAAAGGUUAUGAAGGUGACAUGUGCGCAUUUAAAAUCAGAGCUGAUGAGGUAAAAGAUGAUGUCAAACCACUUCCAUUCAAUCCAGGGAAGGUUGGUUACGGGCCUACUAUGGACACCGAACUUGCCGGGAUAAAGGCCAUCUCACACAAAAGUGGUUUGGUGAAGAUGAACAUCAAGAAACAUAUGGAAUUUAACUUCAAGUUGACGAAGGACAUUGUUGUGAGGACCGAACUACUUCAUUCUACGAUUUCGAAAGAAGAGUUACAGCAAUAUUGCGUGACUACACAACGUAACAGGAAUGUACAUGUGGCUGUGAACGUUCCCGAAGAAGGAGAGUAUGCAUUGGCGCUCCACGCGCAACAAAAGAACCACAGUGACUAUGACAAUGUUUGUAACUACUUAUUGACGUCGGAAACAGGGAAAAAGAAACGUCAGCGGAAAUGGGAGACACCGCAGGAAAAGAAAACAAGACGAAAUGUUACGGACCUGUCUAAGACCCGUGGCACAAAGAACCUAUCGGAACUAGAGAGCGAAAUUGAACGUUUCCACAAGCUUGAUAUGGAAGAUAAGGGCGAACUUGCUAAAGCAGAAGAUGCGCUAGAAUACAAGAAAGACCGAAAAGAACUCGAAGACGCCAUGAACAGGCGCCAUCUUGAAACUCUUGAAAAGGCAAUCGCCAGGGGAGAGAAAAGUCGUUUCAGGGACAAACUUACAAAACAGCUGGAUGAGGCUAAAGAUAUCAGAGAACAUCUGUUGCAUCUCAACAAAAUUGCACAUGAUAUCCUUGAGAUGAAACAGCCGACAAUAUCUGAGUUGCGAAGUUAUAAAAUACCACAGCCAAUCAUUCAAGACAUCAUGCGAGCGACCUUCCUAAUGUUGGGAGAAAGGCGUUCAGAUCUUGAAGACUGGGAGGAUCUUCAAGUAUUGAUGGGCAGACUUGGUAAAGACAGCAUGAUAAGACGUGUAAGGCAAUUUGAUACUGUAAGCGUACAACCAUCUGUCCAGAAAGAAGUGGAAAAGAUGCUUGAUGAACAUUCUGAAAUAGAUGCUAGAAAAGCCAGUGCCGGAGCAGGGACAUUUUAUGUCUGGUUGCGUGAUGUUUGCAUAGCACUUGGCCAGCAAGAUCAACACAAUGGAACGCAAGUUACAGAAGAGGGCGCCUAGAUGAACAUGUGUACUUACUUAACAUUAUUGUGAUAAUAGGAUAGUUAUUUGGUAUUUUGAAUCAUUGGUAUUGAACUGGGUCUUAAAUAUGCGACGAGUUACCACAUCACCAUGUUUGCAUCGCGCUUGACGACCAACAAGCACAGCGAAAUGAAACUGAAGUAUGUGUGCAUACGUCCAAUUCACGAUGUUGUUCUUGCUGACAAAACGCCUACAUAAAACACACAAGUUACCUUCUUACCAAACCUAACACUUAACGAGAAGUUCCAGUGCCACAGUAUCAUAAUUUGAAGAUAUACUAUCUCGUUAUUAGGAUAUAUCUUAUUCUUAUAAGCAUCUCUAAAUAACGAAUCUAAUAACCUCGUAAUUAGGAGAUCUUCUGAUAAGGACAUUACUUCUUCUAAUUAGGACUUCUUAGUUUAUUAAGAUUAGGACUUAUUUUAUCCUAAUAAUGUGAUUGUAUCUCCUUAUUAGGCGGUAACAAAUAAAAAAAAAAUAUUAAAGACUGCAGCAUUUUCGCCAAAUUAGGAUCUAAUUUGUUAAAAUUAGGACUUAUAAUCUCGUUACAAGGUCAUAAUAUCUCUUUUUUAUAUUAUUGACUGUGACACUAGGAACUUUGCAGCACAUGCACUCGUGUAUUUUGAGUUUCCUUCCUGUGAUAAAAAACAUUCAUGUGCUAUAUAUGUAUUUAUAAUUUAUAACGUUAUGAAAUAAAGUAAACAGAAUAAAUAUAUUAAAAAUAGA